AUGUUUCCCGAAAGACCAGUACAGGCGAGUUUCCCAGGGCGGUGCGGCGCUGCACGUUCCCGCGGCCGCCUGCAGGCGGCACCACCGGCGCCGGUCUCCCGUCUCUUUCCCCCUCCCUCUCCCGCCCCCACCCCUAAACUCGCAGCCGCGGUCCGUAGCAGUGCGCGCCGCGCCGCUCUGGUGGGGGUGGGGUCGCGGCUGGCUCGGCUGCCCUGCCCCUCGGCAGACGCGACCAAGCCGACGCGCGCGCUACACGGAGCUGCCGACCUCGCAGGGGCAGCCGGCGGAUGCCUCGCGCACGGCCGCGCGACGCGGAGCUGGGGGCGACGGUCGCCCGACACCACCUGCAGAGGUAAGUGCGUGCGUGACGUCACGCCGCGGCCCGUGCCGGCAGCGUGCGCCAUACUAGCCCGGCAGGCGCCAGCGACGCCACAUCGCGGCAGCCCGCCCAACCCAGCAUGCCGCCACUCGCCGGGUGCUCCGACACACGUCACUUCCGGCCGCUGCACGCACUUCCGGCCGGCCCGUGGCCCCGCCCCUAGCCUGCCGGCCACGCCCCCUCGGGACUAUGGUUUCCUGACGGCGCUCAGCCUGCUGUGCUCGACACUCGCUAGCCAGACCGUCCGGUCCCUCAGUGCGCCGACAGACUGCCUCAAGCCUGGAGCUGUGCAUGUGUGGACUCUACCGCGGCCGGAGGUCCAGCAACUUCUCCAGGGGACCCGGCUGGAGGGCUGUCCGCUUGACUCGCUGGAGUGGUGUCCGAGAUGGCGGACGCGAGCUGCAGCCUUCUGGAUGAGGAGAACGACGUGGUGA